AUGCAUCACGGCUACGAUUACGAGAAAUUCGCCGAGAAACUGAGUCGCUCAGGUGGUGACAUCAAAGAGAGCGAAAAGAAGGAUUUCCUUAGAGACAGAAAGUUUCAUGGAGAAGCGGAUGAGGAUGAAAAGAGCUGCAGUCUGGCCGCACAGCUUAGCAAAGUUCGAAAAAGCGUCCUCAUAAUUUCUACUGAUCCGGCACAUAAUCUGUCAGAUGCAUUCAAUCAGAAGUUCGGGAAAACUCCGUCUGUCGUCAACGGCUUCAAAAAUUUAUACGCGAUGGAAAUUGAUCCGAACCUCGGAAUACCGCAACUGCCAGAUGACUGUUUAGACGAUCAAGGCAAGUAG